CAUUCCCUGCCUCUCCACACGAUCAUACUUACUUGCACUUACCUACCUACUCACCUACUUACAUUCUCUUUCCAAUCUUCAAUCUCCAAUCGCACAAUUGACUCAACAUCGCCUCCUUCUCCAAAGACUCGUGAGGGUCAAUCAAACCAUCAAACCAUGUCGGACCCUUCGGCAGCGCAUGUACCUUCAUCGCCACCGAACGAUAGUAGGCGUGUCUGCACCAAUAAUGCGACCCCGAGCCUCCCACCACCAUACGCAUUCCUCGUCCAUUCUCCCAACACUGUCGCAAACGAUCUACCUCCAGACGUAGACAACAAACCACUCGCUCGUCAAAAGCGUAGAAGAACAAGCAAAGAGGAUGAAGAAAUCCUCAAAACUGAAUAUUUAAAAAAUCCAAAACCCGACAAAGCCGCUCGCAUCCAGAUUGUUCGCAAAGUCGCCCUCGGAGAGAAAGAGGUCCAGAUUUGGUUUCAGAAUAAGAGACAGAACGACCGCCGACGCGCGCGCCCACUUGAACCUUCCUCCACUGCAUCGCUACUCUCAUCAUCCUCCAACAUGUCCGACCCUGUCACGGAUGAUGAACGUGUCCUGCGCGACGGCACCGACGCACACACUGAGCCGCACAAUGACGACAUAUCCGCUCUGGACGACCCAGCGAAUCUCGAGGAUGCCGAGCCCACAGUGACUUCAGAGGACGCAGAGAUUACAGCGACUGCCACCGUCGCUGCCACCCAGGAACAAAAUUCUGAAGACGUUGUCGUGAUUGGGGAGGUGGAAUCACAAGCGACUGUCGAUUCCGUCGCGAUCGCAAUAGCUUCUACCGAUCCUGCCACCAUUGAGACAGCAGUCACAGAGCCCGAUAGCUCCCAACAAGAAUCCACAUCAUCGCAGAGCGCCGAACGCGCGCGUACCUCGUGGAUAUCCAACCGACGUAGUGCUUCUUUUCGGCAUGGCGAGGACUACGCACCUGAAGUUAUCACUUUCCCCCAACCGACAUCUACCGCCGCCGACGAAGCCCCUCCCUCAAUAACGACCUCGCCAGCUGAAGCACCACCCAAAUCGUCAACACCGAAAAAGUCAUUGAAACGCACACAUUCCUUUGUCCGACUCUCGAUGACGGACGACGGCACCGCCCGCGUCAUCACUGACGCCGAUAAAACCCCCUCACCUCCCCACGCCAAGUCGAACCCUGCGUCGCUGUCUCGUGCUGCUGCCGGCCUCCGCAGGAGUUAUAGUUCGGCAGGAUUGAACGAACGCCUAGCUGCAGCCUCGCGAGGCGAGCCCAGCCCAAAGAUGCCCAGAACCUCAUCCAGCGUUGGCCGGAGUCGAGAUUCACGCGCAUGGGAGUUCUGGUGCGAUCCGGAUACGCGAAACAGUCGCAGCCUAACUACUUGGGCCGACCAAGAGGGCAGCGGCAGCGCAGCAGACGCGAUUGGACUUCUCCGCGCUAAUCGCAGAGUUCUGGGCCAGAACCAGACACGUCAAAACACCCCAAUCAUGUCGCGACACAACUCGUCCAAGUCAACCAGAGAUGGUGGUGUGAAGAAGUCGCGUCGCCAAAUGCAGAGGGCAUCGACUAUUUCUGGGCCGCUCCCUAGCAAGGAAACGAAACAUGGAGACAGUAGCGAGUCCGACGAAUUGCCGCAGACGGAAUCAGACAAGGAGAACUGGGAGCCCGAACUCCCGCAAGCACGUCGACAGCGAACGUCCGGCCCACAAUCGAGCUCUCAACGGCCACGCCAAAUCUUGGGCGAGAACACGGAGAUAAUGUCACAGAGCACAAGUCUCGGUGCCAUGCUCGCGAAAGAGAAGGGGAGCAGAAGGGAGCGAGGAACGUCAGAUCCCGAGGCGGACGAGGAGCUGCAGCUAUUCAUGAACAGUAGCGACACCCUGAGUGGGAGGACAAGUCUGAGCUCGGCAGAAGAGGCAGGCUGCGUGGAAGGUCUACUGAAGUUGAGUCAAGGCAAUUGGAGGUAGCCCGCCGCUUUGCCAUGACAUGUACUAGUACACGCCUUGGUCUUUUGUCUUUGGUUUCUUGACAUUAUUUGCUGCAUUUGAGCGAGUUGGAGUUGGUGGCUUCUAGUUGGAAAAUGAUGACGAUGGGAAUGCGGUGGGUUUGAAAGGCGUCUGCAUUAUCAGAUUUGACAGAAGCACUUUGUUCUUCAGAGGUCAUAUCAUUAUACGAAUCCAUGCCCUUAUUUGCAUAUAAAUGUCUUUUGC